UCAGUGUCGACUCUCUAGUGUCGCAGAGAAUGAAGUUUUUCACAGAGACUGUUAUUCCUCCUCUCAGGGGCAGAAAGGGAUCUCGCAGACAGUCUUUAAAAUCUGUCCUGCUUUACCUCUGGGAUGUUUAUUCUGCACCUGCACCUGCAGGCAGAGACGUCCUGACUCUGCUCUCCCUCUGUUUCACACUGACCCUCCUCACCGGCGGCCUGCUGCAUCACUGGCUGUCCAAGACUCUGCGAUAUGACGAAGAGGCGUCCGUUCAGACCGCCUGCAUCUACAGCGUGGCCAUGUUCCUGGUCUCCUUCCUGUGUCACCCUCUGCGCUGUGUGCUGACCAUGAUCCUUCCCACCGUCUGCACCAAGCAGGGACGCAAGCUCCUCAUCUCAGCCUCUCUGGUGAUCUUAGUGGUGAACGUCAUUCCAAAUAUCACGGUGAACGUAGGGGCAGUAGCUCACAUCCUCAAGUGCACUGCUGAGGGAUUCACAAAGACUCUACUGAACUCAUCUGAGCCCCUGAACAAGGCGAAGCGAGAGCUUGUUGAAGAAACCAUCAAAGUGAGGAGGGAGGACCUGAGCAUUGUCACGAAUUUAAGGAAGCUGGACCAUUUCACGCAUGUUGAUUUGUCCACGGUCAAAAGCAGGUUUAAUAACAUGAUCGGGCAGAUAGAGGUCAACUUCUCGCACGCCAGGAACCUUCUAACAGACUGCAAACUGCUGCUGAACCGGAUCCUCGCCGCCAUUUUCGUUGCAUUGCUGAUCCUUGAAUCCUUGCGCUACUUGAAAUCAUAUCUGACAUCAGUUCACUUUGACAAUGGCUACAUCUCCAAGGAGCUCAGGAAAGAAUCAUCUCCUCCUCGGACAGAAAGACCGGCGAAAAAUAAAAUCCAGCUCUCAAGCUGUAGAAUAACCAAACAGGAGUGUGCCUCUUGCUUCAUAUCCCUGAUCCUGGUAACUUUGUAUUUCCUUGCGAUAACUGCAAUAGUAGCUUUGGAUCACGUUGUCUAUCACAUAGUUCAGGUGAUGGCGCCCUGGUUUCUGGAUUUUCCACCAACAUCUGCCUGCAUUAGUGUCGAUUAUAAGGUUCAGUGGUUCGCCCCUGCAUUCUGUCUCAUCCCACAAACCUGCCGCACACAGGAGCUGACGAACUUCCACAGGGACUACAAGUGGAGCUUCAGCCCCGAGCCAUCGCUCUGCGACGUGAACACUUCGCCUCCGAACCUGGGAGUCACGCUCCUGCUGGGAUGUCUCUGGCUGAUGAGCUACUCCCUGGUGUUCCUGGAGGUUUAUGCCCGACGACUGCGCAGGAAAAUCUCUGCGUCCUUUUUCAGGGAGCAGGAGGAGCGGAGGAGGGUUUACCUGCUGAAGAAAAUGCAAGCAAAGCAAAAUGAUGAAGAGCAAAAAGAGACUGUUUGUGUUGAGGUUGCCUGAAGGUGAAGACGUCACUGAACAAUGUAGAGCUUGGAUUUGCUAGCGGCAUAGUAAUAUCAGUGAGUUGAUAUUGGUCCAGGCUGAAAUGUCCCCAGCAACAGACAUAUUAAGUCUAUAGACGUCUAUGAUCCCUUGGUUUUUCCUCUGGUGCCAACUAGAGGUUUUUAACCAUUUCGAUCUUUAGUGAAUUGUCUCCACAAGUAUUGAAUGGAUUUUCAUGAAAUUUGGUAGAGAAGGUGUCAGUGUGUGAGAGAAGCACAGAAGCAGAUUCAGCAAAUAUGUAAAGAACAAUAUACAUUUGUGACUGUAAACAUUGUAAAUGUAUUUUUAAAGAAUUAACUUAAAUAUAUUCACUUGUAAACCCAACAGUGCCAAUACCUGAAAAACUAGACUUACUGUCUAGCAAACUUUAGCAGAAUAUUCACAAUAAUUCUGAGCUCAUGCUGUGUCCGACUUCUGCCUCAUGACACAACUAUGAUUUAACCUUAUAACCUACACUUCCCUUUUUAUUUUAAGUUGCGUCACACCGUAGUGCUCUUACGUUUUGUUUCGUCUUUCACAAAACAUAAACUAAUAAAAGAGCUUCCUGUGUGUGACUCAUUUUUAUCCUCAAAGACUUUCACAAUAAGCCUGAUGUGGUUUUUAAUAGAUGUAUCACAACAUCUGCUCAAGUUGGAUCUCGCUUGUUUCACACCCACAGGACACUUUCUUGUGUUUCUUUUACUCCUCGGUCCCACUAGAUGACGCUGUUGUGCUUCAGACAAAUGGGGAAUAAUACUGUAAUUUUCCAGUAUUUUAUUGGCUUGGAUAACCUUUAACCCUCCGGAUGAAUCUACUUCAUGAGCACAUCUCCAGCCUAUUUUUGUGUUGCCUUACAAAAAAAAGAAAACCACUUCCUUUCUCUGAAAAAGUUCUUUGAAUACAUCCCUGCUUCAAAUUCCCACGAGGCUCUCGGGGGUUUAUUUUAAGACCCAGAACAAAAAUAGAAUACAUCUAUUUUUACUCCUGACUACUUCAUGAUUGUGUCAAAAUGCAGUUGUCUUGUGUACAAAUGUUG